GUUCUCCAGUUUGUUAAUUAGUGAUUUACUUUUUUGAUCCUUAGCUACUUCUCCUCUGUUUGAUUCUUGUUGAUCAUUUUUCACGCAUCGAAUCAUUUUUGUCAGUUUGAGGUCACGAGGACGAAUUUGAUGGAUAAUUGGAAAAUUAGUAAUUUGAAAGAAUAGAAGUAGGUUUAGUUGUAGUCUGUUCUGGAUAAUAGAAUUCGAAGUUCAACCUGAAGGUCAACUUGAGAACUCUAGGGAGAAGUGUUGACUACCAUGGACUUCAAACGCUUUCCUAUAGAUAUAGCAAUGACUCGAUUAAUCUUUUUUGCUUGGAUUUCAUGACGUUGCCCAUGAAAAUGAUGUUAGUGAAGAUGGGAAAACUCUAUCUUACAGCUCUAGUUCUGGCCCUCUUUCAUUAUAUUGCACUGUCUGAUUUUCAAGGUCAGGCACUCAUUGAAUUAAAGAAAGCAUUGAAUGUAACAGAGAGUCAGCUCACAAGUUGGAACGUAGAUCAUAUCAAUCCAUGCAGUAGUUGGUCCAAUAUUAUAUGUACCGGAAACAAUGUGACUAAGAUAUUAUUGUCAACAAUGGGAUUGACUGGAACCCUGUCUCCGAGUAUUGCUGUUCUAAAAUCUCUUUCAACUCUGAACUUGAAGGGAAAUUACAUAACUGGAGAGAUACCAGAGGAUUUUGGAAACCUGACAAAUUUGAUCACCUUGGACCUGGAAAAUAACAGCCUAACUGGUCGAAUACCAUCGUCCUUUGGUAAUCUUAAGAAACUACAGUUCCUAACUCUGAGUCAAAAUCAUCUAGCUGGGACUAUUCCUGAAUCAUUUUCGACCCUUCCUAGCUUGAUCAAUCUUUUUCUUGAUUCAAAUAAUCUCAAUGGCCAAAUUCCGGAGCAGUUAUUUCAAGUUUCAAAAUUCAAUUUUUCGGGAAAUAGGUUGAAUUGUGGCAAAAAAUUUCACCGUUCCUGUGCUUCAGAAAGUUUCCACAUCAUGUCAGGUGCUUCCAGUAAGUCAAAGGUUGGCCUUAUAGCUGGACUUAUUGCUGGGUUAAUGCUUGCUCUUCUUUUGGUCGGAGUAUUGUUUUUCUUGUGCAAGUAUAUAUAUAAAGGCAACAAGGGCGAAGUCUUUGUAGAUGUUCCAGGUGAAAUUGAUCGAAGAAUUACAUUUGGUCAGCUGAAAAGAUUUCCAUGGAGGGAAUUGCAGCUAGCUACAGAAGACUUUAGUGACAAAAAUGUUAUAGGACAAGGAGGCUUUGGAAGGGUUUACAAAGGGGUGCUUACUGAUGGCACCAAGGUUGCAGUGAAACAGUCAACUAAUUAUGAAAGCCUUGGGGGAGAUGCUGCUUUUCUACAGGAAGUUGAGAUGAUUAGUGUAGCUGUUCAUAGAAAUCUAUUGCGGCUGAUUGGGUUCUGUACAACUGAGACCGAACGCUUAUUGGUAUAUCCCUAUAUGCAGAACUUGAGUGUUGCCUACCAUCUUCGAGAAAUUAAGCCUGGGGAACGUAUUCUAGAUUGGCCUACUCGAAAACGUGUGGCAUUGGGUGCAGCUCGUGGUUUAGGAUAUCUUCAUGAACAUUGCAAUCCAAAGAUUAUUCACCGAGAUGUUAAGGCUGCUAAUGUAUUGCUUGAUGAUGAUUUUGAAGCUGUAGUGUGCGAUUUUGGCCUAGCAAAGUUGGUUGAUGUUAGGAAGACUAAUGUCACGACUCAAGUUCGGGGGACAGCUGGCCACAUAGCACCGGAGUACUUAUCCACCGGAAAAUCAUCAGAAAAGACUGAUGUUUUUGGCUAUGGCAUUAUGCUUUUAGAACUUGUUACAGGGAAAAGAGCAAUGGACUUAUCACGCUUGGAAGGAGAUGAUGUUUUACUGCUCGACCAUGUCAAAAAAUUGGUAAGGGAGAAGCGACUCACUGCUAUUGUCGACGAAAACCUGAAUAACUAUGAUAUUAGAGAGGUGGAAAUGAUGACCCAAGUCGCGCUACUGUGCACACAGCAAUCUUCGGUUGACCGACCGACAAUGUCACAGGUCACUCGGAUGCUGGAAGGCGAGGGGCUAGCAGAGAGGUGGGAAGAAUGGCAGCAUUUAGAGGUGACUCGCAAACAAGACUUUGAGAGAAUACUGAGAAGAUUUGCGUUGGGGGAUGAUUCCAUAUAUAAACAGGAACCUAUCCAGUUGUCUGGUGGAAGAUGAGGUACCAAACUCAACUACCUAUUCUCUUCAGCUAUGAGAACAUAUAUAUGAUGAUUAAUUUUAGUUAGUGAGUUUGAUUGAGGUCAUCUUUACGCAUUUUCUUAACCAAUUAUGAAAUCCUUGCCUUGCCAUUUCCUAGUUUGUAAAUUUCAGUGGCUUGGCUUUUGCUUUUUUUUAUUUUUUGUAAUCUUAAUUUUCUCUAUUUAAUUAACAUGUGCUAUGUGCUGGUGGCUGAAGUUUGUAAUACAACCUAGUCCAUAGAGUGAUCAUAUUCAUGUUUGACAUUACAUUUGUCACGUUAUAAUAAUAAUAUUAUUAUUAUU